CCCCCUCUUGUACGUUCACUCGGAAGCCAUAUGGCGCUGAGGCGGUUGACGUCCUCCAACUCUCAGCUUCUUGCCUUCCCGAUCUACCCUCCACAUUCUUCCAAAUCCCCUCCGGUAUACACUGUCCUCUCCAUUCUCCUCCACCGCCAGGGACGCACAGCUCAAACCCUAUCCAUGGCCUCCGUCCGCCGUUGGAGCGGCGGCGCGGCCGCUCGCGCCUCGCCUCCGCAGCAGCAACAGGCGGAGGAAGAGAGGGCGGGUCGGGAGGACAAGAAGGGCAGCGAGUGGGGGAAGGUGUCGGCCGUGCUCUUCGACAUGGACGGAGUGCUUUGCAACAGCGAAGAGCUGUCGCGAAUGGCCGCGGUUGACGUCUUCGCCGAGAUGGGCGUUUCGGUCACCGUCGACGACUUCGUUCCGUUCAUGGGGACUGGUGAGGCCAAUUUCCUUGGAGGGGUGGCUUCUGUGAAGGGAGUGACAGGGUUCGACCCAGAAGCUGCAAAGAAACGAUUUUUUGAGAUAUACCUUGAUAAGUAUGCGAAACCCAAUUCUGGAAUUGGAUUCCCGGGGGCACUUGAGCUCAUAAGGGAGUGCAAAAGGAGUGGAUUUAAAGUUGCCGUUGCAUCUAGCGCAGACCGUAUCAAGGUUGAUGCAAAUUUGGCUGCUGCUGGCUUGCCCCUAUCUAUAUUUGAUGCUAUUGUUUCUGCUGAUGCAUUUGAGAAUUUAAAGCCUGCUCCAGAUAUAUUCUUAGCCGCAUCAAAGAGCUUGAGCAUACCCCCUAGUGAGUGUAUUGUGAUCGAAGAUGCUCUUGCUGGAGUUCAGGCUGCAAAAGCUGCACAUAUGAGAUGUAUUGCUGUGACCACUACUCUAACAGAAGAGACAUUGCAGCAAGCCAGUCCUUCACUCAUCAGAAAGGAUAUUGGAAACGUUUCAAUUCAUGACAUUCUAAAUGGCGGUCAUUCUGGUCAUCAUAAUGAGGAGCUGCAACACCCUCAGGUUAUUAGUUCUUCAGGAAAUACUUCUUCCAAGUUGCAGAAUGAAAAAAUAAAUACUGAGUAUGUUCAGGAAAUAAACUCCACAAGCAAGAAAGUCAACUUUUUUGGAGGGUUACAGGGUUCUCGUCGAGAAAUUCUAAGAUAUGGAAGUUUGGGAAUCGCUGUUUCUUGUCUCCUUUUUACCAUUUCCAAUUGGAAGGCAAUGCAAUUUGCAUCUGUCAAAGGUAUACUGAAUUUGUUUAAGGGGACAAGCCGUUCAAUUUUUGGUCAGAAUGAAGGAGAGUCCCAAUCAUCAAGAAUACAACAAAUUAAGAACUAUUUGUCUGACCUAGAAGCGAGGGGCUCUGCUUCAAAUGUGCCUGAAUUUCCAUCAAAACUUGAGUGGCUGAAUGCAGCUCCGCUUCAGUUAUACAGGAAUUUAAAAGGGAGGGUAGUUUUGCUGGAUUUUUGGACUUAUUGCUGCAUCAACUGUAUGCAUGUCUUGCCGGACCUGGAAUUUCUAGAAAGGAAGUACAGUGAUAAACCUUUUACAGUUAUUGGGGUACAUUCUGCAAAGUUUGAUAAUGAGAAAGACCUAGAGGCCAUUCGCAAUGCAGUCUUGCGCUAUAACAUCACUCACCCGGUUGUUAAUGAUGGUGAUAUGUAUUUAUGGAGAGAAUUGGGAGUGAACUCUUGGCCUACAUUCGUCAUUGUUGGCCCCAACGGGAAGCUACUUGCACAAAUAUCAGGUGAAGGUCAUCGAAAGGAUCUUGAUGAUUUUGUAGAUGCAUCCCUCCAAUACUAUGGAGAAAAGAAAUUAUUGGAAAAUAAUCGUAUUUCGCUGGCUUUAGAGAAGGAUAAUGAUCGUCGUUUAUUGACAACACCAUUAAAAUUCCCUGGGAAGCUUGCAGUUGAUAUGCUGAAUACUAGGCUCUUUAUAUCAGACAGUAACCACAAUCGCAUAGUAGUUACAGACCUGGAAGGAAAUUUUAUCAUUCAAGUUGGGAGUACUGGAGAAGAAGGUUUAAUUGAUGGUACCUUUGACAGCGCAUGUUUUAAUCGUCCUCAAGGUCUUGCAUACAACCCAAAGAAAAAUUUGUUAUAUGUAGCAGAUACUGAAAACCAUGCUUUGAGGGAGAUUGAUUUCAUUAAUGAGACAGUAAGAACACUUGCUGGAAAUGGAACCAAAGGUUCUGACUAUAAAGGAGGACAACAGGGAACUGCUCAGGUCCUAAAUUCACCAUGGGACGUUUGCUAUGAGCCCUCAAAUGGGAUGGUUUACAUUGCAAUGGCUGGACAGCAUCAACUCUGGGAGCACAAUACAUCAGAUGGAAUCACUAAAGCAUUUAGUGGUGAUGGUUAUGAAAGAAAUCUGAAUGGCUCAAGUUCUACUACCACAUCAUAUGCACAGCCUUCUGGGAUAUCAUUAUCGCCUGAUUUGCAGGAGCUGUAUGUAGCUGAUAGUGAGAGUAGUUCUAUUAGAGUUUUUGAUCUGAAGACAGGAGGGUCGAGGUUGCUAGCUGGGGGAGAUCCAAUAUUCCCAGAAAAUUUGUUUAGGUUUGGAGAUCAUGAUGGAAUUGGAUCAGAUGCACUUUUCCAGCACCCGUUAGGCGUCCUCUGCAGGAAAGAUAAUCAAAUAUAUAUAGCAGAUUCGUAUAACCACAAGAUCAAGAACCUGGACCCGAUUACUAAAAAAGUUACGACUUUAGCUGGGACUGGAAGUGCUGGAUUUAAGGAUGGCAUGGCCCUAUCGGCUCAGCUCUCUGAGCCAUCCGGGAUUGUUGAUGCAGGAAAUGGAAGGCUUCUGAUAGCUGAUACAAAUAACAACAUGAUCCGAUAUAUAGACCUGAAUGAGAAGGAUCUUAUACUGCAUACAUUAGAAUUGAGGGGCGUGCAGCCACCAUUCUCAAAGCCCAAAUCAUUGAAGCGCCUCAGGAGGCGGCUAUCUGCUGACACACAAAUCAUUAAAACUGAUGGUGGUUCCUCCAUGGAAGGGUACUUGAAUCUUGCAGUUUCAGUCCCUGAGGGUUACCAUUUCUCCAAGGAAGCUCUUAGCAAAUUCGAUGUGGAAUCUGAGCCUGCAAAUGCAAUUAAUAUUGAACCAUCAAAUGGAAAUUUGAACCCAGAUGGAACUGCAUCACUUCAUUUCGGGAGAACUUCUCCUUCACCAGCAACUGGUAGAAUAAACUGCAAGGUUUACUACUGUAAGGAGGAUGAGGUUUGCCUCUACAAAUCUCUGGUGUUCGACAUAUCAUUCCAACAAGGAGAGCCAAAGUCUUCUAAGGGCAAGAUCACACUCUCGUAUUUUGUUACUCCCAAAGUCCCCUCAGGUACAUCAAAGCUAGUAUUUAGCAAAUAGGCCAUUAAAAGUGUGACGUAGUAACUGUAUGCUCUCUUCCUUCAUUUGGCAUCUUUUUUCAAUUUGUUAGUAUCUCACAACGCCAUAAUGGCAAUAAAUAUCAUGAGCCAUCUUUUUUUUCCCUAAAUGUAUGGGAUUGAAAAAUAUUAGGUUUAAUAACCGGUAUGUUCUCUUCCCUCAUUAACAUGUUUUGAACUUAUUCAUAAUUCAUAAAGCCAUAAUGGCAGUAAAUAUCGUGAGCAUCUUUUUUUGUC